AUGGAAGUACAGAUAACGUUGUAUUCGAUCAUCUUCCUCUUGGGCGUAGUUGGAAAUGCUUUAGUGAUUGUGACAUUGAUUCAAAAUAAGAAAAUGCGGACUGUAACGAAUGUAUUUUUGUUUAAUCUAGCUAUUACUGAUCUGUUACUAGCUGUUUUCUGUAUGCCUUUUACCUUGAUCCCUAUUAUUAUGAAAAACUUUAUAUUUGGUGAAGUCAUGUGUAUCUUAAUACGAUAUUUGCAAGGUAAGUCCCUUUAA